UUAAAGAAAGCCAUGCAACCAGCAGUUACCAACACCCAAGUCUCAUACACUACUCCUGCUGGUGUGACAGUUACUUCUGUACCAAAAGGGUCUCUUCCAGCAAUUUUUAUUGGAGAGCGUUUGAUAGUUUAUGCCAUCCUUCAUCACAGUUCACCUUCUUCUGAAACACAAGAAGGAACGGUUUGCCUGACUGGUGAUUUACUCGGGGCAAAGGUUGAACACAACAUGAGAUUUCAAGUUCCACUGGCGGUGACGAAAGACAACGUGUCCCAAGUGUCAACCAUUCAUCAUCUUGCUGCUAAAAGGUCCAUCAAGGAAAUGGAAUCGAGCAAUGACAGCAGUCCAGAAAUAAUCCAGCUCAGUUGUGAUUCAAAUGUGAUAUCUUCCCAAACAGCAUUUAUCGCCAUUGAUGAAGAAAGAAAGGAGGCGGUGAAAGGAAGCCUGCAAACCUGGGAUAUUCUGAGUUUUCUGGAUGAUGAAGAUGAGUAUUGUUGCUAUGCAGAUUGCGACGUGAGUUCUCUGGAUGAUGAAGAUGAGGAUUUAGGAAUGGAAGGUUGCUAUGGAGACACCGACGCAAGUUUUGGGGUGAGCUGUCUUUCCGCUGAAUCCGCUCCUCCAAUGCCGAAAGCUCAAGCGAAGUCUGGCUUGAAAUCAAUAUUUUCGGGGCUUUUUAAGCGUAAAGAAGUAAAAGAACUUACCUUUCAGAACACGGUUUAUAGUGCCCCUUGUCGGCCUGCUGAUAAUGAAUCUUCUCUUUUUUCCCUUCCUCGUUCCUCUCAUUCGUCUCGUCGUUCUUCAGAGUCAACUGCAACAGAGACUCCACUGGCAACGAUCAUCAGCCUUCAACUCGCCAGUGGUGCGUGGAAAACGUCAACAUCCCUGAGCGAUGUUAUCUCUAAAACCACAGAAGAGAUAAAAGAUGCGUGUCGAGUGUCUUGUGAAGGUGAUAUGGAGUCAAUUUGGGCGACAAUUAUUGUCUUGACGUAUCUGCAACUUCGUCAGUCAAAUUUCAAAGAUGAAUGGGAGUUGAUUGCUCUCAAGGCUGAAACAUGGCUGACAAAACAAAGUCUUCCUCAAGGAUCUUCCAUACAAGAUUUACGAGAAAAAGCUGAAGCAUUUCUAUCUUAACUUACAAAAUUACAAUAAAAAACGCUUAUAAAUAAUCUGACGGACAUACAUAUGAACAAAUCGAAAUAGUGUAGUAUGAAAAAUGAUUAAUUUUGUAAUGUAAUUACAAUUUUUGAUAGUAGCAUGUAACCAAUAUCGUAAAACGUCGACU